ACUUAAUGUGUGCAGCCCAUCCAAACAGACCGAAGACAGCACUGCCUCCUGACAGCAGUUCAAUCUUACCCUCGCAGACUGCACCUCACAAAUUUGUAGGAAGAACAACUCGCUGUCAUUAAAAAUGUCGACAUUCGAGAUUUUUGGAGGAUUUAAAUGACUCACGAGAAACAGCAAAGAUCGUUUAAGACGCCAUCAGACUUUGGAAACAGAAGAGGGUGGAGGAGAAGCACUUCCAUACACGGCGAUAAAGGUGGAGGUUGUCAGCUGAUCGUAAUUGAUCUCCACUCAUGAAGGGCAUGGAGAUGUUGCGCCGCUCCUCAGUGUUUGCGGCUGAAGUCAUGGAGGUGUUUGAUCGCUCUCCCACGGAUAAGGAGCUCGUGUCUCAGGCUAAAGUCUUGUGUAGGGAUUACAUUCACUCCAGACUCCAUCGGGCUGGAAUAGGGUGGUCGAAACCAGACCACGGAUCCGGAGGAACAUUAGCUGAGGUGUCUUCAGUUCUUCUGUGGUUGGGUGACGAGCUGGAGUACCUGCGACCCAAUGUGUACCGCAACGUAGCAAGACAGCUCAACAUCACAAUUGCCUCCGAGAGUAUAGUCUCUGAUGCCUUUUUGGCCGUUGCUGCAGAAAUCUUCUCUACAGGUGUAACAUGGGGGAAGAUUGUGUCUCUGUAUGCCGUGGCCGGAGCUCUAGCUGUAGACUGUGUUCGGCACGGGCAUCCAGCGAUGGUGCACACCAUUGUCGACUGCAUGGGCGAGUUUGUCCGCAAGAGCCUUGUGUCGUGGUUAAAGAGGAGAGGAGGCUGGGCGGACAUCACAAAGUGUGUGGUCAAUACAGACCCCAGUUUCCGUUCUCAUUGGCUGGUGGCAGCUGCCUGUGCCUGCGGUCACUACCUCAAGGCUGUGGUCUUCUACCUGCUGAGAGAGAAAUAAAGAGCGGCACAAACAAGUGACGGACAGCUGGACUUUUCCAAAACUGGCAGAAGGGGUUUCUAGUCACUGCUUAAGCCUUUCACUGCUCUCGAUGUGUUUACACUUGCACAAAGUUUGCACUUUUCCUUCAAAGGAUAUUCUUGCGCUUCAAGAUGAACCGUUAUCUUUAGGGCUUUGUUAUGUGUUUAACCUGGCCUCUUGCACUCUAGGCAUUCCUUGCUGUUACCAGUUUUAUUAAACCUAAUGUCGAUAUGCAAAAUACCAUGGCCGGCGGGAAACAGCCGAGAGGAAGCUAUCGUGACCUUUGUAUUUGCGUGUGAAUUACAAUGUUCAUUGUCUUGUCUUAUCAGAAAGUUUCUCUGAUGAUUAUUACAUUUUUCAGGGUCUCGAGUGAAAUUAAUAAUCUCAAAAUGCAGGUUAUUAAAAACCAAGCUUUGAAAAUCCACAAUGCAGUGCAAAAAAUGACCAGGAGUUCAAGAGAGAAUAGAUCUGCGUGAAAUGGAGAUCAAUAUCAGGAUUACAUUCUUGUAUUUCCCAAGGAAAAACUCCAAACUACUUUAUGUAAAUACAACUGUGGGAGCGUGAAAACACGAAUAAUGAAAAAUGGAUGUAACAUUUCAGUUUAUGCCACACUUCAAGUUUGAAUCUGUCAAUUAGUAUUUCAUAGUGUUGUCACUCUCUUCUUUGUAAUUUAUUUUUUUCAUCUAAUAUUUUCCCCAUAUCUUUUAUUUGUUGAUGCCACCUUGAACAAUUGUAAGAUAUCAUGGAGCCAUCGCUAUACUUAUAACUUGGGGUCUUUAUAAUUGUUUGUUUCAUUAUUGUGUUUUCUUGUACAGUUCAGUUUAUAAAAAGUAAUUCUGUGGUAAAACUACACAUUGUUGUGUAUGCUACACUGAAUGUAUGCAAAAUAAAAAUAUACUUUUUUCAACAAUGUAUUUACUUUGCUUUUCAUAGGGUUGGGAAAACCAUUAACAUCAUAAAGCUUUCAUGCUGAUUAUUCUACACAACAUUAGUGUAAUUGGUGGAAAGCGAGUGGGUGGAUGCAGUUUAGAUCAGAUAACAUAGUUUAGUGAUAUUGUUACUAUGGUGAUCACUCUCAACAUGUGGUUUCAUUUACCCAGAUCCAGACAAAGAAACUUGGACUUUGAGAAUACAGAAAUGACUGGCUUAUUGAGGAUAAACAAACCAUAUUAAUGGAAGUGAGUGUGUUUUACACAUACUACAAUAGAUAUUGGUAGAAAUGAACGAAUAUGAUAGUCUGUGUUCAUUAAGAGAAAUGUUAGAGCAAGUAUUUCGGAAUAUGAUCUAGCAUAUUUUGUCUGAAAUGACUGAGUAACUGUCAACUUAAAUAUCUCUGUAUAAUUCGACUUUCUUCGUAAUUAUUACCAAUUUGCGACAAGUCACUGACACCUAGUGGUUUUAAAUGGAACUACAUGUGCCUAUUGAUUUAGUUAUCUCAUAAAACAAAAAACAAAGGCUAUGGUGUUGUGGUGAGGAUAAAUACAAUAAAGCCAUGAAUCACUUCAUAUUGUUCUUUUAUAAGAAUAUCUACUACGUGAUAUGUUUUCAUUAGACGUCGAGUUUGUAUAUAUAUUUAAUCCCCUUUGUUCUUGAUAUUUUGUAUAUUUUUUGUUUAUAAUUUAUGUCAAUGUUUAUCAUUGUUAUCUGCUACUGUCUGUCUGUGUGUAUAUAUUGUAAGACUAUUGUUAUUGUUAGUUAUUGUAAAAAUGUAAGAUUAAUGAGAUCAAAGUCAUAAUAUUUUGAAAAAAAGGCAAAUUUACGAGAAUAAAGUCAACAUUAUGAGAAUAAAGUCAAAAUAUUUUGAGAAUAAAGUUGAAAUACAUUUCA